CGGGCAUUGGACGGUUAGAAACGCCCCCUCUCUUAUCUAUCCAACUGUUACUCAUUUCACCUGAAUACAAGGAGGACCUCUUGGAUUUCUACAAGACGCGGCGGUACCAAGAAUUGGCGCGCGAAGCCCGGGUUAAUCGUCAUGAAGUUCGGAGAACAAUUGCGAUCGAGCAUCAUCCGCGAGUACCAAUGGUACUAUAUCGACUACGAUGGACUCAAGUCCGAGUUGAAGACCGCCUCGGGACCGCCCAUAGAUGUCGAUGAUAACUCGAAGAAUAAGAAGGGAAAGGCCAAGGCCAAUGGCCAACAGAAAAACAGGUGGACCGAAGAGGAUGAGCAGCGAUUCAUUGCCAGGCUCUAUGCAGAGCUUGACAAGGUCUACACCAAAACCAAGGUCAAACAAUCCGAGAUCCAACGCCGUAUAGCUGUUAGCGAGCGAGAAGUCAAAGAGGUUGUUGCUAAGGUUACGGAGAGAGGCUUGACAGAGCAGGGUCCUUCUGAAGAAGAGUUUAUACUACUCGAAGAAGACCUUAGCGACAUCAUUGCCGACGUUCACGAUCUUGCCAAAUAUGUCCAGUUGAACUAUACUGGCUUUUACAAGAUAAUUAAGAAGCACGAUAAAAUGACCAACUGGCACCUCCGACCCUCGUUCGACACCGCGCUCAAGAACAAGCCAUUCUACAACGAAGAUUUCGAUGCCGAGGUUGUGAAGCUAUCUAACAUGUACAACAAUGUUAGAACACGCGGAAAUCCGGUCAAGGGUGAUAGCUCUGCUGGUGGUACUCAAGGCAGUUUCGUUCGCCAGACAACGAAAUACUGGGUGCAUCCAGACAAUGUCACCGAAUUAAAACUCAUCAUCUUAAAGCAUCUUCCCGUCUUGGUUUUCAAUGCCAGCAAGGAAUUUGAAAUAGCAGAUUCUGCAAUCUCUUCCAUCUACUACGACAACCCUGAGAAAUGGGAUCUCUACGAGGGCCGAUUAAAGAAAACCGAGGGAGCUGAAGCCAUCCGUCUAAGAUGGUAUGGUGGUAUGCAAAACGACACCAUUUUCGUGGAGCGAAAAACGCAUCGGGAAGAUUGGACAGGAGAGAAAUCCGUCAAAGCUCGUUUUGCUAUGAAGGAGAAGAACGUCAACGCAUAUCUGAGGGGCGACUUGCUACCAACAGCUCUCUUCGAAAAGGCUCGCAAAGAUGGUAAAAAAUCCGAGAAGGCUAUUGCUGAGGACGAGACGCUUGCAAAAGAGGUCCAAUACUCGGUAUUGAAGAACGGAUAUAAACCCGUCUGCAGAUCUUUCUACAACCGAACUGCGUUCCAGCUGCCAGCCGAUGCGCGUGUUCGAAUUUCCCUCGAUACCGAGCUUACGAUGGUUCGAGAGGACAACUUGGAUGCUACUAAGCGAUGCGGUGACAAUUGGCGACGAAUGGAUAUUGGUAUUGAUUAUCCGUUCUCGCAAUUGCCUCCUGGGGACGUUCUCCGCUUUCCAUAUGCAGUUUUGGAAGUAAAGCUCCAGACUCAACAUGGCCAAGAACCUCCGGAGUGGGUUCGCCAACUCAUCUCCAGUCAUCUCGUGGAGGCUGUUCCCAAGUUCUCUAAGUUUAUUCACGGCACUGCUUCUCUUUUCCCCAGCAGAAUUAAUUUGCUGCCUUACUGGAUGCCCCAGAUGGACGUGGACAUCCGAAAACCGAUAACACAUAAUUUUGGCAUUCACCGCCCGACCCAAUCACAUACUAGUGGCACAACAUCAGAUGGAGAUGAUGAUGACGAUGAUGACAUUGACUCGGAUGCCGACGAUGAAACUGAUGACGAAUCCGGGGGUCGCUCUGGCAAUGGAAACGGCUUGUCGCGGGGUGCACAGGCGCUUAUAUUAGGGGAUAUUGAAGGGCAAACUGUAGAGGGUACGGUAACUAACCAAGAUUACCCGCUCUAUGACUCGGAUGACGAAGUGGACGAGGAAGAUGCACUUGAGGAGGCACGGAGAGUCGGCGGCUGGACAUACUACUCUGCUCUGGGGAAGAAGUAUGGAAACGCUGUCGGACAUGGUGCAUUUAACGUCUUAAUGAGCGUUAUACCACGCCCUCGUGCCACGACGGUUCCUCGUAGCAACCGAAACCAGAUGUUCUUUGGCAACCAAGAAAUCCAGACGAAGAAGUUCAAGGCCCCGAAGGGUAAGAGGAUCUACGUGCCGGUUAGAGUCGAGCCUAAGGUCUACUUCGCGGCGGAAAGGACCUAUCUGAGCUGGCUCGAAUUCUCGAUCUACAUCGGAACUAUCGCCGUCACGUUGCUCAACUUUGGCCCCCAGCCGACAAAGCUUUCAUUCCUGGUGUCGGGAUUGUUUACUCUCUUGGCUAUUAUGUCGCUUUGCUACUCGGUCGGUAUCUACCUGUACCGAAGCAAGGGUAUCCGCGAACGCAGGGUCAUUAAGUUUUACGACAGGUUGGGGCCGACGGUUCUGUGCAGCGCCCUCUUCGUGGGCGUCGUGCUAAACUUUGCGUUCGAGGGGAGAGAUAAGGAGUUCUGGUAGACCGAACGUCUACUGGUAAGUGUUAAGUGUAAAAUGGUGUACAGAGCAUCUAACCGCAUGUGAGAGUUUCGGAAUUGUUUAGUUUGUAUAUGAGCGACCGCAAAUACUGUAUUUUGUCAGAUGUACCAAGGAGCAUGUAGCUGUAUAUAUAGCGAAGCUAGGUAAAAAGCCUGAUUUGGGCGAUGAGAAUGGCUGAAGAAUGAUGGAUGGUAUGUAGAUAGGUAGGUAGUUAAUGGGUAUUGAAGAUUGCAUGUA